AUGUGUCUGUCUUAUUGUCUCCAGGUCUUGGCGCUGUUCUGGCACGCGGCAUCCAGGAGGGGAGAAUCCUGCGAUAUCUCGCGGAUGGGCUGCAACGGCUUGCGCACUACUUCUCGCGGGCACCGCGGCCGAGAUCGUUGCCCACUUCCAGGAGAUGGCUGGCUUUACGGCGAGGUCUCCCAAUGGAGCAACCUCAAUUUCAUGUUCAACAUUGGCCUCGUCUCGUCGUUUGCUUGCAGCGCGCGAGCAAUGUAUUCCGGCGCUUGGACCUCGAUCUUCGCGUGGGUGACAUUAGCCAUAGUGGCAGUUGUCUAUUCGGUGGGCAACUACAUUACAUCUGGGUCGACAGCAAAAUUGGUUGUCGGCGGACUUUUUGCAAAUGUGUUCCACGUGUGCCUUCGCCAGCGCCUACUGGACCUGGGCCCACAGCAGUUGCGUCUGCUUGACGGUCGUGUUGGCCGCCUCCAUCAUCUGGUGCACACUGGAUCUGAAGCGCACCGACAACCAGUGGUUGCACGUAUUGCCGUCGCUGUGGAGUUGGUCGGCAUACGUUGUUCCCGUCGCGUUGGCAGCAGCUGA